UUAAAUAUCUUGAGCACCUGAACAGGGGAUAAACACUUCAACGAGAGGGAGAUCGAUAGUAUUGUUGCUUUCUUCCUUCUGAUCUGGUCUCUGAAAGACACUUUCGAGGACCGUGGAAACCCCCCUUACCCGUCGGUUGUCUUCUCUCUCUCUCACGCAUGGCUGAUGCUUAUUGGAGGUACGGCGACUCACGGCAGCCGCCGUCGCAGUCGAUCCCCCAGAUUGUCGGAAAACGCUCCCGCUCCGACUACGAUAUCCCUAGUGGUCAUGAUCUGCCCAGCUAUUUUUCUCGUGAUGAUGAUAGAGGAACGCUUCGCGGAAUUAGAGAUACCGACUCCAUUGGAGCGUCCUAUGAUCGUUACCUUCGCAGUGCACAAGUUUCUUCUUAUGGUGGUGGACAAUCUGCUAGACCACUUGGUGGGGGAUUAUCGAGUCAUGCUGUCGAUGAUCCACGAAUUGUGGGUAUUGGGAGUGUGGAACAAGGUACUACUGUGAAGGACCGAACCUUGGGAUUUGGAGGUGGAAGGCCUGAGGUUCCCCUUCCUCCUGAUGCUUCCAGUACACUAUUUGUUGAGGGCUUGCCCUCCAACUGUACACGACGGGAAGUGGCUCAUAUCUUUCGCCCUUUUGUUGGUUACAAAGAAGUGAGACUCGUAAGCAAGGAAUCGAGACAUCCUGGGGGAGAUCCACUGGUACUUUGUUUUGUCGAUUUUGUAAGUCCAGCCCAUGCUGCCACUGCCAUGGAUGCAUUGCAAGGUUAUAUCUUUGAUGAGCAUGACCGUGACUCGGUCAGUUUAAGGUUGCAAUUUGCUCGCUAUCCUGGUGCGAGGUCAGGUGGCGGGCAUCGUGGCAAGCGUUGACUUUGCAGUUUUGCAGGUGAUAAACGUUAUUUUCCACCCGUUCGGCUGUUUAUUAUUCAUGACCGAUAGGUGCUGACUAAGAAAACUUCUUUAUAAAACGAUAGAUUGCGCUAAAUCAUGGAACGACGCUUCUCUGUAGGAUUCGCUCGAAUAUGGGAGGUAUGAGAUGAGGGGCAAUGCAACAGCCUUGCCGUUUCGUGAAUUACAAGCGCUUUUGUUAGGAACAACUUGAACUUUGCAGUUUUCGUUGAGUCUGGGGCGAUUGCUAGAGAUUUGGAGUGUGCUUUUCUAUUUUUGAAUUCUGUGAACUAUUUCUGCGUUUAAUUACUAAAGAAUGUUUCCAAAUACUGCUAUAUUUAUCCGUAGUUGGAGAUGGUGUAAACUUAUAUGUUGUCCCGCCUCUCAGGCCUAAUAUAUGUUUUGACAUAUAUUUCUAGCAAUGGAAGUGUGGUGAUCAUUAAAAUA